AUGGUGUUUUAUGAAAUGUUGGUAAUAGUUAGGGCUAAUCUAAUGGAGGCCAACUUAAAAGACCUGGUCCGUACCUCUGCCAAGCUUGUGCUUGAACGUGGUGGUGUAGUACGAAAUUUUGAAAACUGGGGAGUGCUUCGACUGCCAACACGAACACGUCGACACCAGGAGUACUUUGAUGACGGGCAGUAA